AUGUCUCCUACAGCAAUGCCCGUUCGUGAGGAAACCAAAGAUGACGGCAAGAUCGAGACACGCCUCUUCAUUAACAAUGAAUUUGUCGAGUCGAUCAGUGGCCAGAAAUUCGACGUCGUCAACCCUUACAGUGAGGAGGUCAUCUGUUCGGUCUACGAAGCACUUCCAGAAGAUGUCGAUAGAGCUGUCGAAGCCGCCGAAGCUGCUUUGCCUGCCUGGUCAGAAAUGGGUGCGAUUGCCCGAUCUGCAUACUACUAUAAGUUGGCGGUUCUGUUGGAGGCUGCUGGACAAGAGCUUGCGGAAUUGGAAUCAAAGGAGACUGGCAAGAUCGCUGCCACGUACCAGGAGCAUAUCUUCGGAGCAAAGAUAUUAAGACAAUUUGCGGGUCUUGCGUUGGACCUUCAGGGUGGCACUUCUUUGGCUACACCUGGUCAUGUCAAUAUGGUCAUCCGUCAGCCAUACGGUGUUUGUGGUGCGAUCGUGCCCUGGAAUAUCCCUAUCAUGGCCGUUGUGACCAAGAUGGCUCCAGCAUUGGUCACAGGAAACACGCUCGUGGUCAAGUCAUCUGAGAAGUCGCCUCUCACUGCUCUUGUACUAGCGAGACUGGUCAAAGAGGCAGGCUUCCCACCUGGCGUUGUCAACAUUUUGAGUGGACUCGGAAACCCUGCUGGUGCAGCCAUGGCGUCUCAUUUAAAAAUUAGAAAGCUUGGGUUCACAGGCUCUGGCAGGACGGGUCGUCUCAUCAAAGAGGCUGCAGCCAAAUCCAACCUCAAGAGAGUGUCACUCGAGCUGGGUGGCAAGUCUCCACUUGUCGUCUUUGAAGACGCCGAGCUUGACCAGGCGGUCCCUAGCGCGGCUAUGAGCAUCUUGUAUAUGGCUGGACAGGUCUGCAUUGCAUCCUCAAGACUUUACGUCCAUUCGUCGAUUGCAGAUGUGUUCCAGGAGAAGCUCACCGAGUGCAUCAAGGCAAUGUCUGCAAACCCACCCGAAGGAAUCAAUCCCCUCUCGCCCGAGGCCAAGCAUAGUCCCCAGGUUGACAAGGCGCAAUUCGACAACAUUUUGCGAUAUCUCGAGCUGGCCAAGGAGAGUGGUGGUGAGAUUCUCCUUGGAGGCAAGAAACAAACCGACAAAGGCUACUUCAUCGAACCCACCAUCAUCCGCAAUCCUGACCACAAUAGUCGUAUCUCAAAGGAAGAGAUUUUUGGUCCUGUACUCUGCUUCAAUACGUUUGAAGAUGAGGAUGAAGUCAUGCAGAGAGCCAACGAUACCGAGUACGGUCUGUUUGCGAGUGUGUAUACCAAAGACCUCUCGAGGGCGUUGCGUAUCGCCAAGCAAUUCGAGAGCGGUAUGGUGGGUGUCAACACAACCUCUCCAAUGGCGAAUGCUCUUGAUAUGCCGUUUGGAGGAUGGAAGGCCUCGGGUGAUGGAGUUGACCUCAGCAAGGCAGCCCUUGAUAUCUGGACCCAGAUGAAGACCAUCUACAUCAAGAUCUGA